AUGACCUUACUUCGGGACCUGAGACAGUUUAUUAACGGCCGACUAACUGCUGCUGCUGAAGAAAUAUUCCUGGAGUUUGAAAAAACGAUCGUCCAGUACGAGGAAGUGAUCGACCGUCAGCGCAGACUGCUGGAUAUCACCUGGAAGCCUCAGAUAAAGCUCCACAGAAUAGACCUCCCACAGCACCAUGACUCCACCAGGGAGAAACUCCCUACAGACCAGGAGAAGCUCUCCAGCCUGGAGCAGGAGUCACAACAUGAUCGUAAUAAGGACGAGGCUCCUUCUGAACAGGAGAACUCCAGCCUGAAGCAGGAUCCUCCUCAGCAACAUGACUGUAAUAAGGAACAGGUUCUUCCUGAGCAGGAGGGGAACUCCAGUCUGGAGCAGGAGCCUCUACAGGUUAAAGAGGAAGUGGAAGAACUCUACGCCAGCCGGGCGGAAGCAGCGCCGCCGCAGAUUAAAGAGGAGCAGGAGGAGCUCUCCACCGGCUACGAGGCAGAGCACCUUAUAUUGAAGGACGAGGACGAUACCUUAAUGGUGACUCUUACCUACGGGGAAAGUGACAGUGAAACCGAGCCAAUCAGCGAGCAGCUCCUGUCUCACAACCCGCCUGCAGCCGAGAGCCGUGAUCAGGAAGAGAGCACGAACGUAGCCUCGGGAUCCGGUGCAGACGCAGAGCCAAAGCCAACGAAGAGACUCGCUAAAAGCAGAAGUCACAGUGACAGUGCAGAGCGCGCACCCAUGUCAGAGAGUCAGGGUAAUACAGACGCAGGUAAAAAGCCUUUGCAAUGUUACGUUUGUGAGAAAGUUUUUAAGGACAAGUCCCAAAUAAAAAGACACGUCAGGAUCCACACGGGCGAGAAGCCGUUCGCGUGCAGCACCUGCGGGAAGAGGUUCUAUCAGAUUUACUUACUGAAAUAUCACGAAAGGACUCACACGGGCGAGAAGCCGUACUCCUGCAAAAUAUGUGGGAAAAAGUUCAGGUGUAGCGACAGUCUGUUGGUCCACAUGAGAAUCCACACGGGCGAGAAGCCGUACGGGUGUAAAACGUGCGGGAAGAGAUUCAUCUGCACGUCAAAUCUGAAAAGCCACACGAGAAUCCACACAGGCGAGAGGCCGCAUUCCUGCAAAACCUGCGGGAAGAGCUUCACUCAGAGGGGCAGCCUGACCGUCCACAUGAGGACGCACACAGGCGAGAAGCUGUAUUCCUGCAAAGCGUGCGGGAAGCGUUUCUGUCAGAGCGGGACGCUGCUGAUCCACAUGAGGACGCACACGGGCGAGAAGCGCUACUCUUGUAAAAUUUGUGAGAAGAACUUUACUCAGAGCAGUCACUUGUUGCGCCACAUGAGGACUCACGCAGACGAGAAGUCGUCCUACCUCGGACCGCGACACCUCUCCAAGGAUGAGGAGGUUCUCAUGAACCAGGAGAGGGACUCCAGCCUGAACCAGGAGGAACCAGCGGCUCGACGGAUCAAAGAGGAGGAGGAGGAGCUCAGCAUCAGCCAGGAGGGAGAGCUGCUCGUUCUGGACGAGGACAGCGACACUAUCAUGGUGACUGUUACGUAUGGGGAAAGUGACGACAGCGACCCAGAACCGGAGCGGGAGCAGCUCCCCUCUCACAGCUCUCCUGUGGCCGAGAGCCGAUGUCAGGACCGAGGCAACCACGUGGAAUCUGGAUCGGCUGUGCAAGCGAUGUACAACAACGUGGACAACGCCCUGAUAUUUAGCGGUCCUGUUUACAUGCAAGGCUUUAGGAACGAACCUCUGAUGAUGCAACAAGACAUAAUCGACCCGGACGAGAAGCCGUAUCCCUGCGAAAUAUGCGGGAAACACUUUCGUAAACGCUUUAAUCUGGAGAUCCACAUGAGGGCUCACACUGGCGAGAAGCCGUUCUCAUGUAACGUGUGCGGGAAAGGUUUCACUCGGAAGGACAGCGUGAUCCUGCACAUGAGGACCCACACGGGCGAGAGGCCGUUUAUCUGCGGCUUCUGCGGAAGGCGGUUCGGUCGGAAGGAUAAUUUGGCCUCUCACAUGAGGAUCCACACAGGCGAGAGACCUCACUCCUGUAAAAUAUGCGGCAAAAGUUUCUGCCAAAGUAACGACUUGUUGCGCCACACGAGGACUCACGCCGCCGAGAAGCCCGUUCCCUGCGACAUAUGCGGGAAAAGAUUUCGGGACGCCUCGACGAUGAAUUUCCACAAAAAGAGGCACAAAGCUGUGGCAGUAACAAUGCCUUCAGUUCAGUAUCUGAGAGAGUUUAUCAACGAGCGACUAACUGCUGCUGCUGAACAAAUAUUCUUGGAGUUUGAAAAAACGAUCGUCCAGUACGAGGAAGAGAUCGACCGUCAGCGCAGACUGCUGGAUAUCACCUGGAAACCCCAAAUCAAGCUGCACAGGACAGACGUCCCACAGCAACAUGUCAGUAGGGGGGAGGAGGAGGAGGAGGUUCUCCCUGAGCAGCAGCUCUGUGGCCAAGAGGAACCAGAACCUCCACAGAUUAAAGAGGAACAGGAAGGAGAGCCGCUGGUAGUGAAGGAGGAGAGUGUACACAUCAUCAUCUGGAACGAGAGCAGUCCUCAGCGUGAACAAGAGGACGUCACCUGCAGGCCACAGAUGAAGUCACAAAGGACAGACGUCCCACAGCAGCAGCUCUGUGACCAGGAGAGGAGCUCCAGUGUGGACCAGGAGGAACCAGAACCUCCACAGAUUAAAGAGGAACAGGAGGAGCUCUGUCAGGAGGUGAAGCAGGAGACUGAGACCUUCAUGGUGGAAGACAGUGAGAAAGGAAGCAAGGAUGUCGACUUAGGAUUAACUGUGAGUUUCAGUUCAAAGCCAAAAACGAGAAAUCGCAGACGUCUCGGUGCAGAUGACUCUCAGAGCCAGCGUCACUCUGACACGGCCAGCAAAUCUGUAACAUGUGACGUUUGUGGAAAAGGCUUCAAGUAUAAAUCCCGGAUGCAAAGACAUCAGAGAAUCCACACAGGCGAGAAGCCGUAUCCGUGUGAGAUGUGUGGGAAAGGUUUUUCUCAGAAGGAUGCUCUGACUGUGCACAUGAGAACACACACAGGUGAUAAGCCCUAUGUUUGUAACACCUGUGGGAAAAGAUGCUUGACCUCAUCGACCCUUACCCGGCACGCCGCGGUCCACACGUGCCAGAAGCCGUAUUCCUGUAAAACGUGUGGGAAAGGUUUUGCUCAAAAGUCUAUUUUGCUGGUCCACACAAGGGUGCACACUGGCGAGAAGCCCUAUCUGUGCAACAUCUGUGGGAAGAGAUUUUUUAAAUUGUCAACAUUUAACAUGCACAUGUUUAUCCACGCAGAUGAGAAGCCGUAUUCUUGCCAAACAUGUGGGAAAGGUUUUAAUCGAAGGACUGAUUUGUACGUCCACAGCAGAAUUCACAGAGGUGAGAAACCGUUUUGUUGCCCAACGUGUGGCAAGUCUUUCAAUCGGCGCAGUAAUUUAUUGUCCCACACAAAAAUCCACAUGAGUGACAGACCUCAUUCCUGCGAAACGUGUGGGAAGUCUUUCAGUCGAGGCAGUAAUCUGUUACGCCACAUGAGGUCUCACACAGGGGAGAAGCCUUAUGUUUGUAAGACCUGUGGGACCAGGUUCGCUGACUCAUCAUCACUUAAAAGGCACAAAGUGGUCCACACAGAGGAGGAGCUGCAAAAUGUGGAAGAAAAGCUUCUUUCCCUUUGGGCGCAUGCGCAGAAGAAGCAGGUUUGCAGCAGCUGCUCUCCUGAGGCGCGGACCGAGCUGGAGGACGGUGCAGUAUUCCCCCAGCUCAGUACUCGGGUUACUGCAGUAGUCAUGUGUACUCUCGAGUAUCUGAAGGAGUUCAUCCAGCGGAGGCUGACGGCAGCCGCGGAGGAGAUCUUCAGCGAGGUGGAGAAAACCUUCGUGCAGUACGAGGAGGAGCUCGAGCGUCACCGGCAGCUGGAGCGGAAGCUGCUCCGCACAGACGUCCCACAGCAGCAUGUCUGUGAGGAGGAGGAGGAGGUUCUUCCUGAGCAGCAGCUCUGGAACCAGGAGAGGAGCUCCAGUGUGGACCAGGAGGAACCAGAACCUCCACAGAUUAAAGAGGAACAGGAGGAACUGUGCAGCAGUCAGGAGGGAGAGCAGCUGGGACUGAAGGAGGAGACUGAUACCUUUAUGGUGACUGCUGCUGAGGAAAGUGAGGAAGGAAGGAAGCAGUUUUGUUGCCAAACGUGUGGCAAGUCUUUCAGUCGGCGCAGUAAUUUAUUGACCCACACAAAAAUCCACACGAGUGAGAAGCCCUAUUGCUGCGAAACGUGCGGGAAGUCUUUCAAUCGAGGCAGUAAUCUGUUACGCCACAUGAAGUCUCACACAGGGGAGAAGCCGUAUGUUUGUAAGACCUGUGGGACCAGGUUCUCUGAAUUCUCAUCACUUAAAAGGCACAAAGCACAUUUUGCACAGAGCUGCAAUAUGUGGAAGAAAAGUUAUAGCAUGUCCUUGAAAUCCACGUGAGAACCACACGGCUGAGAAGCCGUGACUGUGUCAGCGUUACUGCACCACGCAGCUGAGACGUGGUCGUCCUGAA